AUUCACUCCUUGGCCCCUUGAUUUUUUACUCUAAGCUUUAUAUUCAAAUUGUUAGUUCGCCCACACAACUUUGUCUACUUUAAUAUCAGUCUUUCUCUAUCUGCUUGUUUUUUGCAUACCAGUGUGAAGUGUGUCAACCUGGACCGAUGCACCUGUAUGCGAUGUUCUACGUUGAUUUUGUCUGCCUGGCAUUUAAGACUUCAUAACGUUACUGUAGCUAAGACGUAUCGCAUUUUUCAGUUGUAUUGUUAUUUUCGACUUCAACACCUCAUUUUUAUAAGCUUUGUGAAACUGUGUUUAUGCUUAUUUUUUCACUUCAGAUUAAAACACUUGCUGACUACAAUACCGUAACCGUUGACUUUGUACUCACUGCAUUCUACCAUCCAGUCGUCUAAAUAAUGAAUGGUAAAGAUCGAGAGAAUCUUUUGAAGCUGAUUAAACGUGCGAAGGAUUUACACACAGAUGAGGAGAAGUCUCAUCUACGCAAAAGAAUCGAGGGUCAGCUGUUAAAAUUCACAAAUGUUGUCAAAGGUUAUCAGUAUCGUUGGUUUGUAAUCGAUCCAGAUUCAGGAAGGAUAGAAUAUUAUGAGAAGGAAGAUCACAAGCGAUCACUUAAACCACGUGGAGGAUUAAAUCUUAUAUAUGCCUCUGUUUGUCCAUCUGAUGAAGAUUCACAGACAUUUGUCAUUAACGCUGCAAAUGGUGACUUGUUAAAACUGAAAGCAAUCGAUGCUAAAGAAAGGCAACAUUGGGUUGAUCGUCUUCGAGCAGUUGCUGAAUAUCAUUCAGAUAAAGCUGAACAAAAUCCAUUGAUUGCUACUUUAUCUGGAACCCCUGAAUCUGGUAAUCAUAUAGAUCCACUAAAUACAUCGCCUCAAACAUUGAAUUCUUCUAAAACUGUAUGUACACAGUCAACUGAUGUAAAUACUUCCUGUGAUCAAUGUAUAGAUGUGAAUACGCAAAGUGUACGUGUUGCAGAUACAUUUCCAGUAUUUUGCCCUGGUCGACCUUCUGAUCCACGAACUCAACUUAGUGAAUUAUUUCGUCAGUUGGAGUAUGAAAAUCAAGCUCUUUCUGCUGUUGUUGAUGCAACAUCAAUUCGAAGUCCUGAAAUUACUGAGAUAUUUAAAAAUCUUCUUUUAUCGAAGGCUACUAGUCAAGCAACAUUAGCUUGUCUAAAGCGUUGUAUGGACCUAAUCAAACGUCAAGAUAUGACAAGUGGAACUGAAAAUGGAAAAAUGAAUAAAUCAUUUAGUCCAUGUGCUACAGAGAAGUCAGGGUGUAAUGACUCUUCAGUUGUCGUUAAUGAAUUGUCUGGAUCAUCUAAAGUUGUCGAUUUGAGUGUUACUACCGAAUCUCUUCCAAGUAUUAGUCAUAAGCUGUCAGAUGAUGGUCGAAAUACUCUCUGCCAGUAUCCAUUACCGAUAAAAGAUAUGCAAGUGAAUUGCAUCGAUAUACCUAAGGAUGAAGAUGAACAGGACGAUGUUGACAAUACUGAUAAUGAUACAUCUACUACUCAUGAGCAUAUAGAAAUAGAUAAUGAACAGAAUAGAUCAGUAAUUCUGCAUUUGCUUUCUCAGUUGAAAAUUGGUGCAGAUUUGACAAAGGUAGUUCUUCCUACUUUCAUUUGGAAGAAUAUUCUUUAUUAGAGAUGUUUGCUAAUUAUAUGAUACAUCCAAAUCUCUUUUGCAGCAUUACUGACUAUGAAGACCCUGAAAUGCGUAUUCUAGCAUUUAUUCAAUGGUAUCUUACUACAUUCCAUGCUGGACAUCAGGAUACAGUUGCCAAGAAACCUUAUAAUCCUAUUAUUGGUGAGACAUUUCAUUGUAGUUGGAUUAUUUCACCUCAUCAACUCAAUAGUGGAUCAUGUUUACCAGAAACAAACAGAGAUAAUAGUAAACUAUUAUCUAAUAACAAUAAACCUAUAGUUAUACGAUAUUGUGCUGAACAAGUUUCUCAUCAUCCACCUAUAUCUGCUUUCCAUUUCUAUUGUCCUGCAAAGAAAAUGGAAUUGACUGCAUCAAUAUACACUAAUCAAAAUUUCAAGGAAUGAGUAUUUCUGCUGCAAUGUUAGGUAGAA